ACAAAUUGUUUUUAUUCAUAUGCGUGUGUUGUACACCCAGAAUAGAUUUACCAGAAAUAUCGUGUAGUAAAAUAUCGUGAUUUGUUGUAAUAAAAUGAACAAAUAUUUCAAAAACUUUAUUAUGUGCGGCGAUGUAGACUAUCAUUGUCUAAUUUGUGUCGAAACAUUUUAUACAAUGGAUGACGUUGAGAAACAUAUCCGAUGGGAGAAGCAUAGGAAAGUUUUAAAGACUCAGUCAUACUUUCCGAAGCUUAGAAAAGAUUCAAUUUACAAGAUUGCAAACCAGUUCUACUGUGAAAUCUGUAACAUCAUUUCGCCAGACAUUGCAGAUAUAACUGUUCAUAUAAAAGGCGAACAACAUGUAACCAAUAAAGCGAAGCCUGUAGAAAAACAAAAUAUUAAUUGUAAAAGAGACUCAGGCUUUAUUAUCUAUUCAGAUAUAAUCCUUACUAAGGAGGAAUGGAACGUUGUGGUGGAUAAGCGUUGUCUGAUUUGUAAUGUGCCCGUGACAGGAAUAACAGGCUUGGAUAGACAUGCGAAGACUCCAGAACAUGUAGUCAAAUUGAUACAAGCAAAGGUGGUCAGGGAAAACGAUGACAAGUUCUACAGAAAGAUAAAUCCUGAUAUGAUUUACUGCUUAAUUUGCAAGAAGACUGUAUCUACAGAAUCUCUCAGCGAGCACUGGGAAGAUAAAGAUCACAUUGAAAAUAAAGAGCUAAGUAUAAGCAGGACUUCCAAAGGCUCUGGUGUUAUCAAACGUAAACAGAACGAAAACUUGAAGAAACUGAUGGAAAUACAGAAAGUUUUAUAUGAUAUUGAUGUAAAGGGCGGGAAAGCUACGUGCAAAAAUUGCGAGAAAAUUGUGAAGUUUCAUUUUUCCGAGAUGAUUUCACAUCAAGAAGAACAUAGCAUUGAAAAAGAAGAUGCAAAAAAAGCUAAUACUACAAUAUAUAGCGAUGAGGAAGAAGUAAAGUUCACGGAAGUCACAGACCAUGGCAAGAAGCGAGCUGAGUUAAAGCAAUAUGGCAAGAAACACAAUAUUAAAUUAAAUGAAGGAGGUAGUAGGGGUUAUUGUUAUAUUUGCCACAUCCAUGUCUCUGCUCAUAUACAUGUGUUCAGAGAACAUGUCAGAGGCUGGCAACAUAAAGGCCAUUUGGAAUACAAAGGUAUUAAAAAGGAGACUAAAAGAGAGCCGCGCAUUUACAAAACUGCACCUUUAAAGAAGUUUCUGGAGAGUGUUUUCCACUCCGCUAAAUAUCAAACGGUAUGGCUAAAUUCCGAGUUCUGUGUGGACAACUUUAGUUUCCUUUUGGUUGCCCCUAUAGCGGAUGUGCCUUCUCCUAAGAAAAUUUUGUGCCACGCCUGCACAAUAGAAUACAAACUGGAAGACAAUGAGAAACACCUCAAAACUGCUCAACAUAAGGCAAAUUUUAUUGAUGCAGAUGUUGUGACGACUUUGGGCGGAGAGUUCAUAAGAGAGGUUGCUCCUAACCUCUACCACUGUAUCUACUGCAACCGCCAAAUCGCGUACUUCGACAACGUGUUACGUCACUUCCGUAGCUGGAGCCACAAGGACAGUCGCAUCAACAAGCACAUGAACAGCGUCUCCUUGAAGCAACUCAAAGAUAGCCCUCUAGCGCUGUUUAGCGCAAACCCUGAUGUCUUGUAUCUACAAUUGAUGGAGCAGUUCGCUUUUACAAGGUUGCCGAAGCUGCCUGCUAAAUAAAAUUCAACUGGUUUCGAAAGUUUUUGAUUUUGUUUUGUUUGACUUUUAUAUAUCUAUGAAUGAAGACGUGCACACGUGGCUUUACAGUCAUAAUUAUGAUUUUGUAAUCUUCCUCUAGCUGGCUGUUCAACAAAUCCACUUUUUAUGUCGUGUUACACAUAACGCUUAAAAAUUUUGAGCUAGUUUUUUAUUAUUAUUCAAUAACUCUGCAACUUUUAUGUUUGAUAUCAAAGCUGGAAUUCGCCAAAAGAGAGUAAGUACAACCUCUUUGACAACUAAUGGUUUUAUAUUUUAAAUUUUUUUAAAGUUUUUAUUUUAUUUUCUUUUUGGUGUUUGUUUUAUUAGUAUUCAAGUACAUCAUUAAUUAAAAAUAUCCAGAAAUA